GUACACACUGGACUGGUGUCUGGACUCACAUUCAUACCUACGGACAAUUUGAAGAGAAUUGGAAUACCCGGAAAACAUGCAAGGAACAUGGGGAAUCGAACCCACUUCUCCUAGCUGUGUGGCCUGCGUGCUAACCACUCGUGCAGCCGGAACUGGAACAAGUUUGCGGGGGGUGCUGGAGCCUAUCCCAGCUGUCUUCGGGCGAGAGGUGGGGUACACCCUGGACUCACAUUCAUACCUACGGACAAUUUGAAGAGAAUUGGAAUACCCGGAAAACAUGCAAGGAACAUGGGGAAUCGAACCCACUUCUCCUAGCUGUGUGGCCUGCGUGCUAACCACUCGUGCAGCCGGAACUGGAACAUGGAUUCGCACACGGGAGACGCUCAGCCACCAGCAGCGGCACAAGCAGCAUCAGCAGAGGGAGUCACACCACCAAAUAUCCCAUCCCAGACCACGUCGGAUAAGCCCUUUGCUGCAUGCACCAUCCUCGGACGUGCAUAUUUUCCAAUCGGCGUCGGAGUCAGGAGGCAGUUUGGGCUUGUCAUGGGGGUGAGCGGAAGGAGGAGAGUGACAGAGGAACAGUGAUGCUACUGUUUACAUAACAAGACAUUCACACACACACACACACACAUGAACACAUAGAGGCAAAGGACUGACGCCAACUGACUCACUACACACUCAGAGGCACUGAAUCACACACACACACACACACACACACAAAGGGGGAAAGGUUACUUGUAAAGGGUCAGGGUGUGUGUGCGAUGCGUUUAUGGGCCAAGCUGCAUCAGAGUGCAGAAUACCUCUGAAGCCCGAUAAAGCGGCAUAAACACGCACACCGGUGACAGCUUUCCCAAUUCCCCCAACCGCCUCCGAACGCACCGCCAUGUCCGAGCAGAAGAGGAGAAGGAGAACUCCUCCGCACGUCUCCUCUCUCCUCUGGCUCCUCUGCCUCCUCCUCACCCGCUAUGCGGCCCCCUCGUCGGCGCAGCAGACGGUGCCUGUCAUCUCCACGGCGCAGGGACGCAUCCGUGGUAUUCUGACACCCCUGCCCUCGGACCUCCUGGGCCCCGUCAUCCAGUACCUGGGAGUGCCUUACGCCAGGCCCCCGACCGGAGAUCGGCGUUUCCAAGCACCUGAGCCGCCGUUACCUUGGCCUGGAAUACGAAAUGUGACCCAGUUUGCUCCCGUUUGCCCGCAGUCGCUGGAUGAGAGGAGCAUGCUGGGAGAUAUGAUGCCCUCUUGGCUCACGGCCAACCUGGACAUUGCCGCCACCUACCUGACUCACCAGAGUGAGGACUGUCUCUACCUCAACAUCUACGUGCCCACUGAGGAAGACAUCCACGAGGAGGGAGGCCAGAGACCCGUGAUGGUCUACGUCCACGGCGGCUCGUACACGGAAGGCACCGGAAACAUGAUGGACGGCAGCGUGCUGGCUAGCUACGGCAACGUCAUCGUCAUAACGCUCAACUACCGCCUGGGUGUACUCGGAUUUCUGAGUACAGGCGACCAGGCCGCCAAAGGGAACUAUGGCUUGCUGGACCAGAUCCAAGCUCUGCGCUGGGUUAAAGAGAACAUUGCGGCUUUCGGAGGAGAUCCAAACAGGGUGACGGUGUUCGGAUCUGGAGCUGGAGCUUCCUGUGUCAGUCUCCUCACCUUGUCUCACUACUCUGAGGAUUUGUUCCACAGGGCCAUCAUCCAGAGCGGCAGCGCUUUAGCCAGUUGGGCCGUCAACUACCAGCCCAGCAAGUACGCCCGACAGCUGGGUGAGAGGGUGGGCUGCGGCAUCGAUGACAGCACCCAACUGGUGGCCUGCCUCCAAGGCCGGAGCUACCGUGAACUGGUGGAGCAGCACGUCACUCCGGCCAAGUACCACACAGCUUUCGCUCCGGUCAUCGACGGAGACGUGAUACCCGACGACCCGCAGAUUCUGAUGGAGCAAGGGGAGUUUCUCAACUACGACGUGAUGCUGGGGGUCAAUCAGGGUGAGGGGGUGAAGUUUGUGGAGGGCAUUGUGGACUCCGAGGAUGGAGUCACAGCUGAGGAUUUUGACUUUGCUGUGUCAGACUUUGUGGAUAGUCUGUAUGGAUACCCAGAAGGCCGCGACACUUUGAGAGAGAGUAUAAGGUUCAUGUACACUGACUGGGCCGACCGUGACAAUGCAGAAACCCGACGGAAGACCCUGGUGGCCUUGUUCACAGACCACCAGUGGGUGGCUCCAGCCAUCGCCACGGCAGAUCUCCAUGCUCAGUACGGGUCACCUACCUACUUCUACUCCUUUUACCACCACUGUCAGAGCGAAGCCACGCCACCAUGGGCAGACUCUGCGCAUGGCGAUGAGGUUCCCUACGUGUUCGGUGUUCCGAUGGUGGGCCCUACUGAUCUAUUCAACUGUAACUUCUCCAAGAAUGAUGUCAUGCUCAGCGCCGUGGUGAUGACCUACUGGACCAACUUCGCCAAGACAGGAGACCCCAACCAGCCUGUCCCCCAAGACACCAAGUUCAUCCACACCAAACCCAAUCGCUUUGAGGAGGUGGCCUGGUCCAAGUACACCCCAAAAGAGCAGCUAUACCUCCACAUCGGCCUGAAGCCCCGUGUGAGAGACCACUACCGUGCGACCAAGAUUUCCUUCUGGCUCCAGCUGGUUCCUCACCUGCAUCACGUCAAUGAGCUCCUCCAAUCGGUGUCCUCCUUCACCCAUAGUCCAUCUCCGCAGGAUGACACCCCAUACUCAUACACUAAGCGUCUGUCCAAGGGCUGGCCUCCGAGUAGCACACGUCAUCCCGGUUCCCAAGGAGGUACCCCCCAGCCGCCGGAGUCGGCUCUCGGACAGGGAGGACAUGAAAACGGCGUCCACGUGCCCAACGAGGACUACUCAACAGAACUCUCGGUAACCAUCGCAGUCGGAGCGUCUCUGCUGUUUCUCAACAUCUUGGCGUUCGCUGCUCUGCUUUACAAGAAAGAUAAAAGGAGGCUGGAGCAUCGCAGGCCUCGUCCACUUCCUGCUCCGCGACGCGAUAUUACCGCCGCUGAUGUUGCUGCUCACCUUCAGGGGGAAGGACUGAUGUCGUUACAGGUGAAGCAACUGGAGUCAGACGCCGCAUCAGCCGACGAGCGGAACAACACACACCACCACCACACUCUGGACACGCUGGACGCUCUGGACGGCUUGGACACCCAGGACAUCUACAGCACCCUGGACACCGUGCGUCUCACUUGCCCGCCCGACUACACCCUCACCUUGCGCCGCUCGCCCGACGACGUCCCACUCAUAACCUCUCUGACCCCGGGCUCACUACCCGUGACCCCCGGCUCGCACUCUGUUACCCCUGCCACGCCCAUGACCCCCAUGACACCCGGAUCGGUGGUCGGCAUGAGAAUGGGCCACCCUCACCAGGGAUACACACACCACAGCCCGUACAGUAAUACACACUUGCCGCACACACACAUCUCCACGCACACGCACUCCACCACGCGUGUAUAACCGCAGCGAGAAUCUCGCCCCUAGUGGGACAUAAUUACUACACACAUGCUUACACACAUUAAACAAGUACAAGACUCAAAUACCUCUACUAAUUACCCUGCAGGAUUGUUCCACGUGGAGACAAUACAAUAGGAACGGGGGACUAACAGCUGUGUGGGAGCAGAUGAAGAACUGGAGAUGCAGUUCUAUGCAUCGCUUUCAACCAUGACACCUUCUGCUUUUUCUAUGCUCC